AUGGCUCCCACUGUGCGGUUACCUCCUGAUCUCGACCUAGAAUACUCUAAUCUAGACUUAGAAUAUUUAGAUAAGUCUAAUAUUAAUAGUGUUUUUAAUAAUAAUAGUUAUAAGGGCUCUAUAUAUAGGAGCGAUAAGACUAUCUUAGAAGAGUCUCCUAAUAAUAAGGAAGUAGACUUUAAAGAUACUAUUAACCUAUUUAGUUCUAUAAGGUUAUUAAUUAUAACCCUAAAAGAUCUAGCUAAAAAGUAUAUAUUAAGCAAUAAGAAGUAG